CAGCGCGGCGGAGGCAGCAGCAGGAGCAGCCCCGGCUGCGGGUCGCGACGGCGGCGGGGCGCCCCCUCCCCGGUGCCGGGGCGCGGCGGAGGGAUGUGGGGCUUUGCGGGAGGAAGGCUUUUCGGCUUCUUCUCCGCCCCAGUGCUGGUGGCGGUGGUGUGCUGUGCCCAGAGCGUGAACGACCCCGGGAACAUGUCCUUUGUGAAGGAGACGGUGGACAAGCUGUUGAAAGGCUACGACAUCCGCCUAAGACCGGACUUCGGGGGUCCCCCGGUCUGCGUGGGGAUGAACAUCGACCUCGCCAGCAUAGACAUGGUUUCCGAAGUCAACAUGGAUUACACAUUAACCAUGUAUUUCCAACAAUACUGGAGAGAUAAAAGACUCGCCUAUUCUGGGAUCCCUCUCAACCUCACGCUCGACAACCGAGUGGCUGACCAGCUGUGGGUGCCUGACACAUAUUUCUUAAAUGACAAAAAGUCAUUUGUGCACGGAGUGACGGUGAAGAACCGCAUGAUCCGGCUGCAUCCGGAUGGGACCGUGCUGUACGGGCUCAGGAUCACGACAACAGCAGCGUGCAUGAUGGACCUGAGAAGAUACCCCUUGGACGAGCAGAACUGCACUCUGGAAAUUGAAAGCUAUGGCUACACCACCGAUGACAUUGAGUUUUACUGGCGCGGUGGCGACAAAGCUGUCACCGGAGUGGAGAGGAUUGAGCUUCCUCAGUUUUCCAUUGUGGAGCAUCGUCUGGUCUCGAGGAAUGUCGUCUUUGCCACAGGUGCCUACCCUCGGCUCUCCCUGAGCUUCCGGUUGAAAAGGAACAUCGGAUACUUUAUCCUGCAGACUUAUAUGCCCUCCAUACUGAUCACCAUCCUCUCGUGGGUGUCCUUCUGGAUCAACUACGAUGCCUCCGCGGCUCGAGUCGCCCUCGGGAUCACGACCGUCCUGACCAUGACGACCAUCAACACGCACCUUCGGGAGACGCUGCCCAAAAUCCCCUACGUCAAAGCCAUUGACAUGUACCUCAUGGGCUGCUUUGUCUUUGUGUUUCUGGCCCUUCUGGAGUAUGCCUUUGUCAACUACAUUUUCUUUGGAAGAGGCCCUCAAAGGCAGAAGAAGCUUGCAGAAAAGACAGCCAAGGCCAAGAAUGACCGUUCGAAGAGCGAAAGCAACCGGGUGGAUGCUCAUGGAAACAUUCUGUUAACUUCCCUGGAGGUUCACAAUGAAAUGAAUGAGGUCGCGGGCAGCGUCGGUGACACGAGGAAUUCAGCAAUAUCCUUUGACAACUCAGGAAUCCAGUACAGGAAACACAGCGUGCCCAGGGAGGGGCAUGGGCGACACAUGGGGGACCGGGGCCUCCCGCACAAGAAGACCCAUCUACGGAGGAGAUCUUCGCAGCUCAAAAUUAAAAUCCCCGAUCUAACCGAUGUGAAUGCCAUAGACAGAUGGUCCAGGAUCGUAUUUCCAUUCACUUUUUCUCUUUUCAACUUAGUUUACUGGCUGUACUAUGUUAACUGAGUGACUGUACUUGACUUUUCAAAGACUUCAUUUAACACUGAGUGAAGUAUUACUCUGCCUGUCAAGUUUUUAUACCUGUACACACACAGAGACACACACGCGUGCACACACAUACAUAUAUACAUACGCAAUUGUAUAUAUAUGUGAACUUUCGGCAUAUAUAUAAAACACACGUGUAUAUGAGGAUGUAUGUGUAUGUGUUUAUACACACAGGUGUCAGUGCCCAUGUGUAUUUAAAACAAAUACACAUACAUAUAUACAUUUUGCAGCUAUGGACAAAUUUAACACAGGAUGCAAAUUAAAGGAAGUCAUAGUUUUUUUUCUGUUUUAAUUGAAAGGGACAAGCAUUGUCUAAAUAUGAUGCCUUGAGAAUGAGGGCCUGAAACACAUCAUCCCAAAAUGGGUCUUUUAUUAUCAUAAGUUAGAUGUUUUAGUUUAAAAAUCAGAAAGAAACUCUUACUUAAUCUUCAAAACCUCAUCCAGUGGUAUUGAUAGUUUAAAACGUGUCACGCACUUCGUAUCCUCUCUUUCAGUUUACUAAGCGAAAGCUUUUCAGCAUUUUUGGCGAUGGGGAUUGCUUUCGUUGGGCGUCCGUUUUCUGCACGGUUUAGUAGCUGGGGUGAGUGUGAUCUCACCAUUUUCUUAAACAUAGAAAGAUCCCACAUUGGUGUCUGAACGUCCAUUUUAUGAAAACCCAUCAGACAUGGAUGGCAUCUAAUUGUAAGUACUCUGAUGUACAGUCUGGUUUUUGUUGUCGUUCACUUGGAGUGGAUUGGCUUACCUGUCACACAGUGGGAACACAGUGGCACACACAGUGGGAACACAGUGCCAAUGUUCAGAUGACAUUUCAAUCAUCGAAACUGGCUUCCACAUCUCAUGGAUUUCUAGGCCUGAUAUUUAACAGAAAGCGUAGACAUCUCAGGUUAUUUGUUACUCUAAGGUAAAACCAUCUAGGAUGACUUCCCCCCUUGUCUUUACGUUAUCAAUCACUCUUAUAACAUUGUAUGUUAAUAUAAAAUAUAUUUGCAUAACAUGCAUAUAUAUGUGUAUAUUUCCCAAGAUUUUGUUUCUUAUGCUUGCUACCAUGGCAGCAUGCAAUGUUAUAUUUUUAUGUGAUGUGACUACUUUCUGUUCUCUAGAAUUAAGAUUGAAGCUAAAACACUUCUACUGUUCAAUUUCAGAAACCAAGAAACAUCCUCAUGCCUUUAUUUCUGUAUCCGACACAUGUCAUAAGCACAUCUGACCACUCCUAGUCUAACUAGGACGCUGCAGAAACACACCCAGUACUCACCACGUGUCACCCACUGACUCGUGACCGUUCUCUUGAGGCAAAGGAGAGCAAUCUGACGACACACACAGUCACUUUUGUUUCCGUCUGAUCCACGGCCUCAUCAGUAUUUGGACUUUUUAAAGCUCGUAGAAACAAGACAAGGUGCACUGGUUUCAUAGAUGCAACCUUAACUUACUAUUUAGAUGAGAUCUUUCUAAAGAAAAAAAAGAGAUGAUAUAUUUUUUGUAAACAAUAUUUCUAUCACAGGCAUCCAUAAACUGAAGUGACUACAGUUGUGCAAACAGAUGUCACAGUGAAGUUAAGCAUUUGGAGAAAAAAAACAAAGCAAAAUAUUCCGAAAAGAACUGCUAAAUUAAUACUUUAACCCCAAAUGCCACAUAUGCCUCACCCUCUCUGUUCUAUACAAAACCAAUGACCAGAGUCUCAUCUGGUUCUCUAAUAGCUGGUACCAGAUCUUUCCAUGUAGACAGAGGCACCACCUUUCCUGGGGGUGCACGUGGUGGGGCCAUCACCAUGAGCUGAUGACCAUAACUAGAUUUUUCUUUGGCGGCCAUAACAACCUUUAAUUUGUGGGCGUCUGCAACAGUUCAAAACCCACUGUCAGGUGAAACAUAAUCCACGAAGUCUCAUGCUAGAAGCAAGGACCAAUUUUUAUAUCCUUUCCCCUCCUUCAUUCCUGCCUUUCUUCAAUGUCUUCUCCCAACCCCUGCUCUCUGGUUUUGUUUUUGUCUGGAGAUGACCAGGUGAUUUCUUGGUCUUUGGCUUUUCUCUGACAGUUUUUUUCGUGGGCAACAAUGGGGGAAUCUUCAAAGUUAAACAGAUUGGGAAAAACCUUGUAAGUGGCCUUAUCAUUGUUAACAUGUUAAAGAAAAAAAAAAAAGACAUUUGUGAAGACCUUAUCCCUUUCAAUACUUCAGGUAUCUUUUUUCUGUAUCCAGUGAUUCGAGGAAUGAGUAAGGAGGGACCCCAAAAUGCAAAUGAAGGUGGACAAAAAGCAGUCAAUGCUCGAUUUAAGUGUACAAUUUACUCGUAUACUAUUCAGAACUGUGACAUUCAUUUUUUUCUGGAAGAAAAGUGAUUCAAAACGUUUGUGAUGAAUAGUCGAGGUACCCAAAUAUCAAAGGCAGAGACCCCAUGGGGCUCAGAAGAGCUGUGGUCUACUUCCCGAGGUUUUCUGGAUAUAAAUUUGCAUGGUAUAGUCAUAACAGCUUUUGAGCUUUUUAUAUGCAUUUGGCACCAAGACUGAGAUCCACAACUUUGUAGACACUGCAAUGAAGUUAACAUAAUAGCUAUCCUAUAAAUAGUGUUUGUAACUACACAUACACACCACACACACAGAAGUACAUACAUAUAUUCUGUAAAAAACAAACUUUUUAAGAUCCUUGGGUAUGUAUUUGCUUUACUCCAUUUAAGAAGAAACUUACUUUCUUCUAAUGAAAUUAUUUUAUAGCUUCUCCAUUUUUAAAAGUUGUGAGAAAUAUUGAGAAGCGUAACUCUGGUUUUGGCAGAAGAGAGUUGCAUUUGGUUCUGUGCUCAGUCACAACAGCCUCUCAUUACUCCACAGCAGUUACUGGAGCCAGUGAGCGAGCCGGGUUGAUGAUUCUGAACCCCGACCUUUUGGCAUUACUGGGAGGUGGCUGUCACCCAUGUCCAAACCUCAUGAGUAAGGAGACAAAAGCUGAAUAUAAUGAAUUUUGAAUAUAAUGAUAUUUCUUUCUCAACAACUGAACGUAAUAAAAAGUUAAUUUUCUAAGUAGUCCUGUCUUUCCGAAAUGCUUCCCAGGGGCUCAGAGUGUACAGGAGCAUCUUGUAGUGACCCGUGUUCAGAUAUACUUGAGACAGUUCGAGACCUACUCCACAAAUCCCCUCAGAGAAAGACUGAUCUGACUGGGCUCACCUGUGAAGCCAGUCUUGUUCACCUACCCCGGGAGUGGAGAGGGGUUUCACUGUCUAUCCCAGGAGACAUCCAUGGCCCCCUGAAUCUAAAGUGAACUAGAAAAUAUGCCAUGAGAACAUUCCUGUCAGCUCUGAAAAUCACAUUACAUGUACUAUAUCGAGUGUUUUUAACGCCAGCAUCUAGAACUUCUGACAUGUUCUCUUAUUCACAUCAAGGCCCUUCUCCCCUGUCCAGCUAAUCAAUAUUUUCACCAAGGAGAUCCUUGCAGACGCGACACCAAGCACGUUUGGGACAGGUUUUAAGGGGACAGGCCCAUUGCAGUGGUAUCCAGUAGACAGUCCCAUUGGCGGUUGUCACACCGUGGUGUGUUCUAACAGAAUGGGUUCAGCGUGGAAUCUCCUGGCUUGAAAGAAUAGGAUAAACCUUCCAUAAUUUUUCCUUUAACUCUCCACCUGAUAAACCAGUUCAUAUGUCUGGCCAUUUUAUGUAAGCAAAGCUGAACAGUUAAUUGGUGAACAGUUAAUUGGCUCUUACACGAGCCACCGUCACAGUAACGCUGAGUCGUGGGGCAAAGAGCUGCCCAGGUGGAUUAAAUUUUCCCAGGACACUAGCUAGUGUGCCUUGGAUCGAUUACCUCUUCUACUGCAUUGAAAGGUGCCGUGUUUUCCUGAAAUACUCAAUUUCCAACACCUGGGGAAACAGCGACCUCCCAGAGAGAGACUCACACAGCAGGCCCCUCCCUGGGGCCAGCCACACAUACACUCAUGUUUCUACUUCACAAGUCAGUGCGUAUGUUCAAGGUAAGUACAGGAUUAUUCUAGUAGGAAUAGGCGACUGCUGUCACGGUCAAUCCCCAUGUUGAUUUCAUCUCAUUGUAAAGAUAAAACCUGAUUUUGCUUAAGCACAUUGAUGUAAUUUUUGGUAUUAUUUGACAUGAAAAACAAACAGCAACAUUGAGUGAUAGAUACAAUAUGAAACUUGUUGAUGAAUGAAUUCAAAUUUAUUAAAAAAGGACUAACUGAC